AUGAAUAAUAUACUUUUAGAUUAUUGUCCUGAUUGUAUUUCAAUUAUUGAUGAAAAUCAUAUAGUAGUUUCGACUUAUGAUUUUAUUAAUGAUGAUACUAAAACUGGAGUAUUGUUAUUGUUAAACAAAAACUUAAACAUUAUUGAUAAAUUGGAUUGUGAUGGAAUACUGCAUUUUAAAAUAAUUAAUGAUUAAAUUACAAUUUGUACAUGGAAAGGAGAUGUUUGGACUGUUAAUAUAUAGGAUAAUAAAUUUAGUUUAAAAAACAAGCAAUCCUUUGUAGAAUGCUUUUAAAACAUUAAAUUAUUAUAUUUAGAUUGUAAUAUUCAAUAAAGUUUAUUAUUGGGAGGAGAUAAUGGUGAAGUGAUUUUACAAAAAGAAGGAUAGAUUAUAUAUUAAUAAAAAUCUCAUGAAUAUUCAGUAUGGUGCACACUUUUAGAUAAUACAAAUGAAGAUUUAUUUUAUAGUGGAAGUGAUGAUGCUUGUCUUAAUUAUUACGAUGCAAGAAUUGGAUUAUUAAAAAAAGACAAAAAGUAUAUAUGUUUUAUAAUACAUAUAGAUCACAUUCUUAAGGAAUCACCUACUUAUUAAAUGAUGGAGAACAUAACUUAAUUACAGGAUCAUUUGAUGGUUAUAUUAGAAUAUUUGAUAAAAGACAACCAAAUUUUCCGAUAGAAGAAUACAAAAGAGAAGGGGGAAUAUGGAGAAUUAUAAAGAAAGGGAAUUAAUAUUUGAAUGGACUAUUUUAAGAGCAUAAAUAUGAGUUGAUUGAAAUUAAUAAUAAAUAAGGUACUAUGUUAUAUAUUAUCUUAGUUUAAUUAAUAUAGGAAUUUAAAGAUCAUUCUUCUCUUGCUUAUGCUAUGGAUUGGUAUAAUAAUCUAAUAGUGACAUCUUCAUUCUAUGAUAAGCAAUUAAGAUCAUAUAUUAUAUGA